AUGCAGACCAGUAGUGGUACUAAAAACCCCCCUUGGGCGCGUCCAAAUGUCACUGCUAAUAUGACCGGCAUAAAUCCGCAAAUAAUGGAUCCAAAUACUAUGAUGACUCAACAAGGUAUGAUGCCAUUUCAACAGACACAAGCAGUAUUUAAUCCGAGCAUGAUGCAGGCACAAAGUGGAAUGGCUAUGCCGAUGGCUGGACAAAUGCAAAUGAAUCAAAUGGCUCAAGGUCAGAUGUAUCCAGGAAAUGUUGUAGCGUAUCCAACACCACGUGCUUUGAACCCGGGUUUAUAUCAAAACGCUCAAGCUACCCAAGCUCAGUCGGCAACAGAACAGCGAGUGUUUACAGGCACCGUUACAAAAACUCACAAUGACUUUGGUUUUGUGGAUCAUGACGUUUUUUAUCAAACAUCAGUUUGUGCUAAAGGCAUAAUACCUAAAGUCAAUGAUAGAGUACUUGUGGAAGCAACUUACAAUACUAACAUGCCAUUUAAAUGGAAUGCAACUCGAGUACAAGUUUUGCCAAAAACUAGCCAAAAUCAGAAAUCAAACACAUCUAAAUCAAAUUCAUACAAUGCUGUUCCGCCGCCUUCUUCCAAGAAAUCAUUGCCAUCACGUCGUGAUGAUCGCUCAUCGCGCAGAGAUGACAGGAAACGGUCUCGAACUAGAAGCCGUUCACGCUCUCGGGAUCGUCGUGAUAGCCGGAAUCGUAGAGAUUCUCCACCACGCAAGAGGCCUGUAAUACAUCAACCCUCACCUAUCAAAUAUGUGGUGCGAGUGCCUCGUAUGCCGCUUGAUAUACAAAAAAUUGAUGUUCCUGGACUAUCGCAGCGAUACACAAACCUGUAUAUACCAUCAGAUUUUUUCAAUGCCCAUGUCAAAUGGGGGGAGACAUUCCCACCUCAAGCACCUUUUUCCCUAAAUAACCCAUGUUCAUACCAUAUCAUGAAUAAAGAAAUAGAAAAUCCUAACCCAAACAAUGCUGUGUUAGAACCACCUGAUGUAGAUUACAGAUUUUCUGCUAAGGUUAUGUUGAUCAGUAUGCCGACAUUGGAAUCUCUAUAUCAGAAGUGUGGUUUGACAAAAGUAGAUGAGAAAGAUAAACGGUCCAGCAAAACACCAUUACACCCCACAAGAUUAAUCAAGUUCCUUGUUGGACAGAAAGGGAAAGGAGGUGAAAAUUUUGCUAUAGGUGGACCUUGGAGCCCCUCAUUAGAUGGUGAAAACCCUCAAUCAGAUCCUGGAGUAUUGGUGAAAACUGCUAUACGAACAUGCAAGGCUCUUACGGGUAUUGACUUAUCCACUUGUACGCAAUGGUACCGAAUGGUGGAGUUUUACUACUGGCGAGAGGGCAGCGGCGGGAAAUCGCGGCUCGAGUGUGUGGUGUUGUUCCUGCCUGACGUGUGGUCGGCGCAACCUUCGCGUAUCGAGUGGACAACAGUUCAGGAGCGAUAUAAAGCGGCGUGUGAAGCCACCUUAAGGAGACUCGACGGCGUCGAGCCAGAGCCGGACGUCAACAGCGACCCAUCGAAGCCUGCCGUCGAGAGCGACUCAUUGAAGCCUGCUGACAGCGAUCCAGCGGAAAACUCCCAAAUUGAAGAGACAAAUGCUGACGAUAGUACAAUAACAAUAGAUGAAAAUGAAGAUGAAGAAGAGGUUAAACCAGAGCCUACACAUCACUCGAAAAUUGAGUUGAGAACAAUUAAAGUUGACCAAUUGAGACAAGAAUUACGUGCUAGAAAUGUUAGUUCCAAAGGUCUUCGCGCACAAUUAGUAUCACGUUUAUCAAAACUUCUUAAAUCUGAAGAAGAAAAAGAAGGAAAGGAGGAAGACGUAAUGGAAUUGGAGGAUGAUGAAACAGAACAAAAUGCAGAAAAUAAGAAUGUUGAAGAACCUGAGAAAAAAGAGCAAGAAGAACAAAAUGAAAGUGACAAAAAAGAUGACAAUGUUGCUGAGAAAGAGACCAAAGAAAAGGAAGAGGAGAAAAUCAAGAGUGAAGAUAAAAAAGAUAUAUCUGAAGAAAAUGAUAAGACAGAAGCUAAGGACAAAGAAACCAAAAGCGAAAAACAGUUAGAAGAAGAAAAGAAAAAGUUGGAAAAAGAGAAGCAAACAAUGAAAUCUCGAUAUGAGCUGCCAUCUCAACCUCACAUAAUUGUACAUCCAUGUGCUACAGCCAAGAAUGGUAAAUUCAACUGCAAUGUUGCGACUCUUUCACUUUUACUGGAUUAUCGAAUUACAGACAAUAAGGAACACAGUUUUGAGUUGUUUGUAUUUGCGGAACUUUUCAAUGAAAUGUUAAUGCGAGAUUUUGGCUUCUACAUUUACAAAACUCUCUACACCUUGCCUGAAAAAACUGAAGAGAUUAAAGAAAAAGAUAAGAGUGUAGAAAACAGUGAUAAAAAGGAUGAUAAAAAAGGUGAAAGUGAAAGAAAGGAUGAUAAGGAUAGAAAGGAUGACAAGGAUAGAAAAGAUGACAAGCGAGACGACCGACGUGACUCACGCCGUCGUGAACGAAAAGAUUCCCACAGUGACGACGAAAGAAGUAGUUCUCCUAAGCGUAAGGGCCGUGGUGUAGAUUUACCACCAGAUCCAUACUUGCUGUUAUCUCUUGUGUACUUUGACACAUCUCGUUGUGGCAACAUCACAAAGAAGGACCUUCAAAAUCUUUUCAUGAGUCUUGGUUUGCAACUAUCUCGUUCGCAAAUACGUGCGAUACUUGAGAAAGUGUGUAUCAAGGACACAUUUAGCUAUAAGACACUCGUCCAAGCUAUAAAAGACCUUGCUUCGGGUGCAUCGGAGGCUAUGCAAGACCUGCCUCUGGACUCAACAGCUGUCACAUGUGAAGUUCCACCACAUAUUGCUGAAUUAGAAGCUACCAUUGCAGCGGGUAAUAGAGAACUGCUUCCUUUGUUUGGUAAAGCAGUUGAUGAAGAAGGAAAAGAAAAAUCUGAUACCACUGAUGUCAGUACGACAGGUGUAGUCAUGUACAAGUCUCGAGUAGUCGAUGUUGGCGCUCUAGUAGAGCAGGCAUCUAGAGCUGCUGGCGAACGUGCUCGCUUGGAGGCAGCGCUAGAGAAUGUUAAAAGUGCUUUAAAAGCGGCCCGAGCUGCAGCCUUAUCUACACAACAGGCUGAAAGAGGCGCCCAGAGCCAGCUGUCGGAUCUCAACGCUCAACUAGCAGCCGCUAAAGCACGCAUCACUUCUCUUAUGGCCAGUUCCAAAAUCUUCCACUCAACAUUGAAGAGUAUCCAGACUAAAGUGGAAGCUGUUGUCAAUAUAAAGUAUGAUGAUGAUGAUGUAGUUGAAGUUGUAAAUGGUCCAAAGGAAGAAAAAGAAACAAAGAUUGAUAAAGAAAAGACAGAAACAGAGAAAGACAAAGACUACAAGAAAUCUUUAGAUAGUAAAGUUGAUGAAGGAAAUAUCAAAGAGAAGGAAAACGAUAUUAUAACAACAGAGAACAUGGAGAUUGAUGAUAAGGAAUAA